AUGACGAUGGGGAUGAUCCCUCAGAGCAUUGUCGGUAUCCUUCUCCUUAUGCUGCUCCUCGUCCUCCUUCUCAUCCUCAUCGCCUGUAAGCCAUGGCGCCUCUGCCUCUCUUCUUCCUCCCGUUCUCGUUCUUCUUCUCUUAAGAUUGGGGGGGAGCUAGAGAGGCCUCUUGUUUCGGAUGAUGUGGAUGCACAUGAUGACAACAAUGAAGGUGGAAGAACCUAUGAUAUUGAGGGAGCUUGUUAUCAAAAUGAUGGGCUUUUGCGUGCACCCCGCAUGGAGGGGCUUGUCCAUAAACCAAGGCUUCCUCCUGUAUCUCCUCAUGUGACUCCCCAAGUUGAUAGCUUGAUCUUAGAGGUAGUUCCAGAUCCCGUGGAGGAUGUUUCUGUUGGGCAAACACUUAAGUACUCUCCACUGGCUGGACGCUUACCUGACGUACAGAAACAUUUUAGACCGGAAAAUCAAAUUCCUAAUGUAAAGCCUGGUUCACAAAGCAGCAGGCUACCAGAAUCCACAGCCAAGGUUAUUGAUCAUCAGGGAAGCUGCCUCUCCCUUGAGGUUAUUUCUGGUCCUUCUAGUGGACAACGCUGCUCUGUACAAUCAACGAAUGCUUCACGGGUUUCUGUGACCCUUGGAAGAGUUUCUAGUGACUUAUUGCUCAAGGACUCUGAGGUUUCGGGGAAACAUGCUAUGAUCAACUGGAAUGCCGAUAAGAAGAAAUGGGAGGUUGUUGACAUGGGUAGCCUCAAUGGAACACUGUUAAACUCCAGGCCAAUCAAUCACCACGAUCCUGGAAGUAGGCAGUGGGGUAGGCCUGUUGAGCUUUCAAGUGGAGACAUAAUAACUCUUGGCACAACAUCAAAUGUACAGGUCAAUGUAACAACCAAGUCUGAAACCAGGAUACCCUUUGGCAUAGGCAUGGCUUCAGAUCCCAUGGCUUUGCGCCGUGGAGGAAAGAAGCUACCUAUGGAAGACGUGUGCUAUUAUUCCUGGCCCCUCCCGGACAUUCAGGAGUUUGGUGUUUUUGGGAUUUGUGAUGGGCAUGGUGGAGCAGCUGCUGCAAAAUCUGCCAGCAAGAUGUUGCCGGAGAAACUUGCCAGUAUUUUAUCGGAUCCUGCAAUGAGGGAGAAAGUGAUAUCACAAGCCAACGCUGCAGAUGUUCUUAAAAGUGCAUUUUCCCAAACAGAGGCUUCCCUGACUAACUAUUACGAGGGUUGUACAGCGACGGUGCUUCUGGUUUGGACUGAUGGUGGCAAACGUUUCUUUGCUCAAUGUGCAAAUCUUGGGGAUUCUGCCUGUGUUGUAAAUGUCGAUGGGGAGCCAAUCAAGAUGACAGAAGACCAUAGAGUGUCUAGUCACUCUGAGAGAAUUCGAAUGAAUGGAAUAGGAGAGAGGCCUUUAAGAGAUGGUGAAACACGUCUUUGUGGUUUGAAUCUUGCUCGAAUGCUGGGAGACAAGUUUCUGAAACAGCAAGAUGCUCGCUUCAGUUCUGAGCCUUACAUAAGUGAAGUUGUGCACAUAGAUCAGUCAAGCUCAAGCGGCUGCUUUGCACUUUUAGCCAGCGACGGGUUUUGGGAUGUUGUCAGUGUUAAAAAGGCUGUCCAGCUUGUCCAGCAGGCGAAUGAGAAGGAGCAUGCAGAAGGGGAGAAUCCAGCGGAGAAGACUGCCAAUGCGCUGUUGAACGAAGCUAGAGCACUGCGUACAAAGGAUAACACCUCCGUACUUUUCUUGGAUUUUGAUACCAAAUUUAGGUCGUCGCCUUGUAAAGUUACAGCCGCGUAA